GAACGCCCGGUGCAGGAUGGUGGUGGUCAAUCAUCCUUGACCUCCAAUUCUCGAUCCUAUUAUAUAUCUCUUUUCUUCUUUGUGAAUUGAAAGUAAUUUCUAGACGGCCAGCACUACUUCCUCCUCUUCCUCCUCCUCCUCCCUAAAGAACCCAUUCUUCACACAGACAUCCUUUCACCCGUUUAUAACACACACUUGCACAGUUGAUUCCUCCCGAAAUGCGUCGUCCCCCGCUCCGCAUCGCCGUGCUUGAAUGCGACACCCCAGCGACGCAGAGCAACGCCAAAUACGGAGGCUACUACGGUGUAUUCUCUAAGCUUCUCCACGAGAGCGCGCAUGCUCUCGGGCAGCCCGAAGAAUUAGACCCGGAGUCCGGGCUGGAUAUCUCGCGUUACGACGUCGUCACAGCCCAGGAAUACCCGGACCUGGAAGAUGUAGAUGCCAUCCUGCUGACAGGGUCAAAACAUAAUUCGUUCGAAGACCACCCGUGGAUUCUGAAGUUGGUGGAUUUCACUAGGAAGGCCAUCGACGACCCCCGGGUUAAGAUCCUGGGUAUUUGCUUCGGGCACCAGAUUAUCGCGCGGGCUAUGGGGGUUCGGGUUGGGCGGAAUGACGCCGGCUGGGAGAUUGCUGUGUGUGAUGUGGAUUUGACAGAGCAGGGGAAGAGAUUGUUUGGGCUUGAGAAGAUGAGAAUCCAACAAAUGCAUCGGGAUAUUGUGCACGCCUAUCCCGCUCAUGUUAUUCCACUGGGUCAUUCCCCGCGCUGUGAGGUGCAGGGAAUGUAUUUGCCUGGAUGCUUCAUUACAGUCCAGGGUCACCCGGAGUUCCGGGAGGAUAUAGUCUCUGAGAUUGUCACGUUAAGAGCGGAAGGGGGUAUUUUCUCCAAGGAGCAAGCUGAGGAUGCGCUAAUUAGAGCAGGAAAGCCACACGAUGGCGUGGCUAUUGGCGUUGCCUUUUUGAAAUUCCUUCUCGAGCAAUAAGGUCGCCACGGGAAUUGUGGCUUCGGGAUAGACCGUUGUUUAGAGCGAACUUUGCAUAUUAAGAAGACACAUUCAUAAUUUAAACGGGGAUGGAUUUGUAUCCAAUCAUAUGGUCUGCGAACCUAAAAAAUACGGACCGACAGUUUCUAAAUACAUUAUAAAUAUUUC